CCGGCCAGCUAGGCAAGGUCUUUCUUUGUUUUCUUCGAAUAAAAAUUAUUAAAAUUAUCUCACAUAAUGAUUAGUGAUAGUGAAUUAUUGAGACAAGAGCCCAAAGUGGGAAUGGAUCUAUUCUUCUGGAGAGACGACAAUGACGAGAUUCACAUGAAUGUUAUCUCAGAAGUGGACCUUAAAAAGAACUUAUUCCAAGUCUACUUCUCUCUUCUGACUGACAAACACGGCGACGUGAGGGAUAUGACGGUAAAUAUGGGACCAGCCACCGCAUGUCUUUUGAGCACAACGCUAACGAUAACGGCAAAUUUUAAUAGCGACGCCUUGGACCUUGAAGGUUGCAAAGUUAAAGAACUCGAAGAACUAUGGGGAUGGAAAGUUGAUCCCACGAUGACAUAUUCUUUCCACAUGUACAGUGAUGAUUCUUGGGUCUGUGACCAAUUGAGAUUUCGCGUUAGGAGAAAGUUUGGAGUUACGCGUUUGGCGUUACGUGCGCCAAAGCCCCGUACUCAUCCGAAGUGGUCUUGAGGAAACACGCAGAUACAAUGGAUGCUCAUUUGCGACAAUUCCUUCAUCGUGUUCCUCAAAUCCGGGAGGAUUACUUUAAUCACCCACCUCCUCCUCCCGCAGAUAAAUUACAAAACCCCCGGCCACUCCCACCGCCGCAAGAGAAACGUCUUUGUAAGUUAUGUAGUGCAGCUGUAUCAAAGCCAGGGAACACACACAUGAGGACAAGCCAUUACUCGGGACCCGAUGCAUUAUCAUGUGAUCUGUGUCCCUGUACUUUUGCAACACAAGACUGUCGAAAACGUCAUCGAAGUAGGUACCACCCAGGGACAGAACCACCAAAGAGGAAUACUUUCGGUAUCCCAGAUAUUAAUCAAGAGGACGCAGGUAAAUGCGAUGUAUUUUUGGAGCUUCUCCCACUGGAAGAAGGGUCGAAAUCAACCACGUAUCGGUGCUUAUGGGCAGAGUGCGGAAAACUAAACAAAGGGAUUACAACUUCUCGUGAACACGCCUGCACCCACUUAGGACUAAAACCGCACACCUGCCCAGCACCUGGGUGUAACUAUUCCUCGUCAUUUUUCGGCACCACUGUUCGACAUUACAAAAAUCUACACGGUGGAGAUGAUGAACCUCCAGAGAAAAUGACGAGAUCUUCCGGUCAACCAGGAAAUUCGAUUAACUGAAUAUUUAAACCGAUUAAAUAUAUAGUUUCAGGCAAGAAAACUUGGCUGUCGUAGGAUUUACCUAAGGCCCACGAUCGCUAUUUUCCUUCCUGGUUCAAUGUCGAGGUUAAAGUUGGUUAAGAUUUUGACAGUUUUCCUUGAGGGGUAGCGAAACCCCAC